AGCUGAAGUGACCUCAGUGGCCGCUGCUGGCCUGUCGCUUCCUGUUGCUGAAUACAGAAAACAUGAAGCAGAUCAACGAUGUGCUGCAUGAAGGAGGCGGAGCUGCAUAGAGGAAGAGAUGCUGCUGAGAGGAAACCGCAGAGCCGAAACCGAAGCAACACAGAGACCCGGAGUGGAACAGAACCGAGUCGAACUGAAAGCUGCCCGAAUCUCAUCUGACUGAACUCUUCGGCAAAUGGAGAAAAAAGAUGGAGCCAGACCGAUCCCUAGCGCCUGGAGUGUUCCGACCUCCAGUCCACCCAGCUCCGAUGCAGCGGACAGUUCUGCAGGUUCCCAUGUGGAGUGGUGUAAGCAGCUAAUUGCAGCCACCUUAUCCAAUCAGGUCCCAAGAACAGCACCACCAGAAGUUUUGAACAGGGAUUCCAGGGUGUCCAGAAGGCUGAGCUCCUGGAACCGUCCAGCUCUGGGAUUCGGUGCGCUCGUCAAACUUUCACACAACCAAGUGCCUCUUCUGCCAGGAGAAACUGUUCAGGUCACAGUUAAAGAUGUUAUGUGUAUCUGUCCAUUCAGUGGUCUUAUCACUGGCACUCUGACCAUCACUGACUACAAGCUCAACUUUAUCAGUUUGAUCAAGGACUCUUCUUUUAUUCUUGAUGUUAACUUGGGAGCUAUAAGCAGAUUGAAGAACAUUAGUGUUCCUAACCAAGGAGAUAACACCAAGGGAAUCGAGUUGGUUUGUAAGGACAUAAGGAGCGCCAGGUUUACCUACAAACCAGACGAGAACCAGCCAGAGAUUGAAGAGAUUUUGUCCAAAUAUGCUUUCCCUCUGUCCUGCAGUCUGCCGUUUUUCGCCUUCAAGUACAAGGAGCAGUUUCCUGUGGACGGAUGGAAGGUCUACGAUCCGACAGCAGAGUACAACCGACAGGGUCUACCAAAUGAGAGCUGGUGCAUCAGUAAGCUGAACCUCCACUAUGAGCUGUGUGACACCUACCCCUCCAUCCUGGUUCUCCCCCACAACAUGACAGAAGAAGACACAGAACGCGUGGCGUCAUUCAGAGCCAAGCGCCGCCUGCCGGUCUUGUCCUGGAUCCACCCGGAGUCUCAGGCUGCUGUGGUGCGCUGCAGCCAGCCGCUAGUCGGUCCUCUGGACAGCCGCUGCAAGGAGGACGAGCGCUUCCUCCAGAGCAUCAUGGAUGCUAACGCGCAGUCCCACAAGCUCACCAUCUUUGAUUCCCGACAGACCAGUGAAGCCCUGUCCAGCAAGGCAAAAGACGGAGGAUAUGAAAAUGAAAAUUUCUAUCCCAACAUUGAGCUAAUUUUCCUGGAAAUUCCGAAUAUCCAUGUGAUCCGGGAGUCUCUCAGGAAGAUAAGGGAUGUGAUUUAUCCGACUAUUGAUGAGGCCCACUGGCAUUCUGCCAUCGACCAGACUCACUGGCUGGACUAUCUACGACUGUUACUAUCAGGAGCGGUGAAAAUAGCCGACAAGCUGGAAUCAGGGAAAACGUCGGUCGUGGUCCACUGCAGUGACGGCUGGGACAGAACAGCCCAGCUCACUUCCCUCUCAAUGCUGAUGCUGGACAGCUACUACCGGACGCUCCGAGGAUUCCAGGUUCUGCUGGAAAAGGAGUGGAUCAGCUUCGGACACAAGUUUGCUUCUCGCAUUGGACACGGUGAUGAGAGCCAUACUAACACAGAGCGCUCACCUCUGUUUGUUCAGUUUAUUGACUGUGUUUGGCAGAUGACCCGACAGUUUCCUUCUGCCUUUGAAUUUAAUGAGCUGUUCCUCAUCACCAUCCUGGAUCAUCUCUACAGCUGCCUCUUUGGCACCUUCCUCUGCAACAGUGAGCAGGAGAAGAUAGCCAAGGAGGUUCAAACCAAGACAGUGUCCCUGUGGUCCUACAUCAACAGCCAGCCCAGUGAAUUCACCAACCCGUUCUACCUGGUCUAUCAGAACUGCGUUCUGUUUCCGCUGCUUUCCUCCAGACACCUGGAGCUGUGGACCAGCUACUACGCCCGCUGGAACCCACGCAUGAGGCCACAGGUGCCAGUGCAUCAGACGCUGAAGGACUUACUGUUCCUCAGAGCAGAGCUGCAGAGGAGGGUGGAGGAGCUGAACACACACCCAACACCUGAACACCCGAGCCUUUACACAGGGACCUCGCUUCACUCUGCUGUUUGAGACACCGACAUGUCCUAUCCAAAGUUUUGACCCAAUAAAUCAAAUACUAGGGACAACAAUGUUUUCAGUCGAAGAAAACCUUUUUUCCUCAAAUAAAAUGUGUAAAGUCAAAUAUCAGAAAGUUCUGAGUCCUUUGAGUAAAGCCAAUUGGAUCUAAUAUUUAGCAUUAAAGGCUACCACCGUAAGUGUUGACAUAAAAGUUAAAAGUCCAGCUCUAUAAUGAUUGCAUCAGUAUUUACCACCAAAUCACUUAAAAAAAAUCUGAGAUAUGAUCUAAAAAUGGAUCAACUGCUAGAUUAUUAUGUAUAGGACAUGUUUCCUCCGACCAUUUUUAAGUUCCACGUAAAAACAUAUUCCAUAUUCAAGCCACAAACAAUUGACAUUUCAAUAUUUUCUUAUAUUCCCUUUAGAGAUUACAGUGGAAGCUGAGUCUCUUUAUCAAUUCUUUAUUUUACUAGUUCAUGUUGGAGACAACUGGAGUACAUAUAAUAAUAAUUCAAGUUAAGUCAGUUAACUGGCACAUCUUAAGCAGAGUUCAAUAUUGUGAAAAAGUCACGGUAAAAAAAAGCACACGUCCUUUAAAUUCUAGGGUUUUAGUACUGAGAUAUGCAUUUUUUUUAAUUUAGAAAAUUUGGUUUGGUUCCCCUAGGAUUACCUUGAGUAAUUGAAAAUCUGGUAAAGUCCACAUUAUGUCAAAACCCUACAACCGACAAAGGAUGUCUCUUUUGUUACAAUGGC